AAAAUCGGAAAUCAAACCAGCGACGUCUAUCGGUUACUUUACUAUCUUUUCUACUUAUAAAUAUAUCCCUGCGAGCUACUCCGCCAAUUUUUAUUCGACCUUCAUCUUAGGUCUCUGUAAAUUGAGAAUUUGGACAAAUUCAAGCCCUAAACCCUAAAAUUACUUCGUCUUUUCUGGGCUCUUGUUUUCCCUUGCUGUCGAUCCUGAUUCAGGCACUACAUAAAAUAGGGGAACAUCACCUGGUGUUGAAGUUUUCACAGGGAUUUCUUUUUGCUGCUUUAUACUGUAAACAGACAUGUCAGUCACAGCAGGUGUUAGUGAUGUCGCUUUAGCUGUCAGGGAUAAGCUUAGAGGUAAAAUUGGGCAAACGAAAGUUAAAAGGUAUUGGCCUGGUAAAGCACCAGAGUGGGCAGACGAUGCUGAUGAAGAUGAUAAUAUCAGGACAACUAGGGCAGCUGGCUUGGAGAAAGCUUUUCCUACUCAUGAAGGUUCUGAUCUUGUUAGGAAAGAUGAUCCUCGGUUGCGGCGGUUAGCUCAGAGCAAGGUUGAUAAUCGUGAUGAAGUUAGAGCUGAUCACCGGCGCAUUCGACAAGCUGAGAUUAUUUCAAUUGAAGAGGAGGAAACUCGGCAACAAGAAUGGGCAGAGAUGGAGGAAGAUGAUGAGGAAGCAUUGGAGGAAAAAAGACGAUUGAUUAAGGAGAAGUUACGUCUGAGAGAGCAGGAGGAAGCUGCAUUCCCUCCUGAAGAAGAGGAGGAGGAGGAGGAGGAGGAAGAGGAAGAAGAGGAAUCUGAGUAUGAGACUGAUUCUGAAGAGGAAAUGACGGGUAAAGCCAUGGUGAAGCCCAUUUUUGUGCCAAAGACAGAGAGAGAAACCAUAGCUGAGCGUGAGCGUCUUGAGGCUGAAGAACGAGCUCUUGAGGAAAAGGCUAGGAGGAAGUUGGAGGAGAGGAAGGUGGAGACAAAGCAAAUCUUGGUUGAGGAGAUACAAAAGGAGGAACUAAUUCAGAAGAAUUUGGAAAUGGAGGCAAGUAUUGCUGAUGUGGAUACUGAUGAUGAGAUCAAUGAGGCAGAAGAAUAUGAAGCUUGGAAGGUGAGAGAGAUUGCUAGGAUCAAGAGGGAUAGAGAGGACCGUGAGGCAAUGUUGAAGGAGAAGGAAGAGAUUGAGAAGGUGAGAAACAUGACAGAGGAGGAGAGAAGGGAGUGGGAGAGGAGAAAUCCUAAACCUCCUCCACCACCAAAACAGAAGUGGAGGUUUAUGCAGAAAUAUUACCACAAGGGUGCUUUCUUCCAGAAUGAGUCCAAUGACCAUGCUGCCACUGCCGCGUCAGAUAACAUUUACAGGCGUGAUUUCUCUGCUCCAACUGGAGAAGAUAAGAUGGACAAGUCCAUAUUACCAAAGGUCAUGCAGGUCAAGCAUUUUGGUCGUAGUGGAAGAACAAAAUGGACACAUCUUGUCAAUGAGGAUACAACUGAUUGGAACAAUCCGUGGACAUACAAUGACGCUCUUCGUGCCAAGUAUAAUACAAAAAUGGCUGGAAUGAAUGCACCUAUCGCUAAACCCAAAGGAAGCAAGAAGUUGAAGGAUUGGGUUAAGCCAUAAGUCUUUGAAGCCUUGGCAACUGGGAUAGGAAUUAUACUGGCUUUUCCUGCUGCACCUGAUAUAUAAAAAGGGUGCUUGUUGAAAACCCUAACUUCUCCGCAAUUAUUGUACUGAUAGUACUCGAAUGGCAAAUGUUCCCGUCGUCUAGGUUGCAUUUCUAAAUUUCAGUCAGUGAAGAAUUCCAGCUAGCAAUAAUUGGUAGAUAUACACAAAUAUUUUCCUGUCUAUUUGCUACCUUGGACGUUACUUCCAUAAAAGCACUUCUGAUCAUGCUGACAAAAGUAGCCAUUGCUGUUCAAAGGGGAUUUCUUUGUGACCUUAAUUUGGUCCAGGGAUUUUGUGCUUCAACUUGGUAUUAUCAGUCUGAAAAUAGCUUCUCUAUUGGUUCCCUGUGGUGAUCUCGUGGUUGAGAUUUAACUUGAAUUUUAUCAUUUUGGUUUUUACUGAUUGAAUAAGUUUAGACGCACUUUGUAAUUUCUGUAUUCUAAUAAUUUAAUCGUUUGUGAAUUAAGUUCUUGGAUAUAUAAAGUUCUAAGAUUUUAUGAUCUCACUAA